AUGGCGCCAACGACGCUAGAAACGCUACCACUCGACAUCAAGAAGGAGAUCAUGGACUACAUCAAGUCCUACGAAGAUCUGAAAGCACUGUGUCUCGUCAGUAAAGAGCUCCAUGAAGUCGCAGCGCCUGUUCUGUACCGCGAGAUCACCCUACCGGCAUCGAAACUGAACCAAGCCCUCUUGGAUUGCUUGAACACAGCCAACAGCAAUCUCCAUCAGACGCGUCAUUUGGAGAUCUAUGGCGUUCCGAAUCAAUGUGCGUACAACCAUAAGACGCAAGGUCGUCAUCUUGUCCGCCUCAUCCAAGCCUUCCCGAAAGACGGACUUACGGUGUUCGAUCUGAACACGACUUCGAACGUCCCGCUGGAGCUAUCGGUCUUUCUGCAUGAGACGCACAGUAAACUCACCAACCACCGUCAGCACACGCUACUCGACAUGUCUGGUCUGGGAACACAGCCUUCAUGUUCUGUGAAUCAACUUCAGAACAUCUCCGUCAUAGCCUUGGUGUUUGAGCACAUCGAGGAGUGUGAUAUAGGUCGCCAAAUGCUAGCUCGGGUCCGAAGCUUCAAGGACCUCUCAAUCACCAUUCUUGGCGAUCUCAUUGGGAAUCACGAAGAAGCAUUCGGCACCAUCUUUGCGGACUGGAAAGCUCCGGCAUUGGCAAGGCCACGACUUGCGCUCCAUCGGUUACACCUUCGCUCAUCGCCCGCGAUUUCGCACUGCGACGGACUAGCGCCGUUCUUAGUCCACGCGCUCGAGGUUUCCGCCUUAGCAACACUGGAGUUGGACGGGUAUGCCGGUCCUAACAAGCUGCUGGACCUCUUCAGCCAAGCGGACAUGAGCUUAAAAAAGUUCGUGCACACACACAACUAUUCGGCCCCAUACGUGACCUUGGAAGAGAUGUCCGACGGUUCGUUUCGCAUGCUCGAAACGCUUUCAAGGACGCAAAGCAAGCUCGAAGAGCUGUUCCUUGCUGGUGCUAUCAUGAUGCUCGUUACUGGCUCGCGAUUACUACGAUCGGGCCGGUCCUUCGUAUUCUCUGCCUCGACACCAUGA